AUGGAGAACCCGCAGCCCCGUCGAUGGCCAUCCAGAAGCGUCCGCUCGUCGAUGAACAGUCGGGAAGCCGCGAGAACUCGCAUAGCAUGCACUGCUUGUCGUGAGCGCAAAAUCAAGUGCUCAGGGGAGCAGCCGUGCCGGUACUGUACGAAGCGGAAUUUGGAAUGUGUUGUUCCUGAAAAUAGCAAGCGCAAGCUCUACUCCGUCGCAUACGUUCAAGACUUGGAAAGGAGAGUAUUCUCUCAAGGAUCGAGUAGGCGAGAAAACGGACGGGUCACCCCUGCCGUAUCUUGGCAAGAGGAAACCGGGGAGAUCUACAAUGGUCCAGAACCUAGCACCCAUAUCAAUCGUGAAGGCGUUGGGUCAAGUUCAAACGAUAGAGUAGUCGCGAGCGAAACCAUCGAGACAGAUAUGGUCAUGUCUUCAAGUUCAGCCUUUAGCUCUCACAUCAAGGCUAUCUCUGCUGUCAGAUCUAUAGGAGGCCGGCCUAUAGGGCGAUCCUCAAAAACAGCAGAUAACGCGUACGAGCUGCCGCUGCCAUUAAGAGGUCGAAUCGGCGCCCCUUCCAUUGAGAACUGGCCGACCGAGGAGGAAUCACGGGAGCUUGUGAAUACCAUCGCGAACUCUAUUGGACACAUACAGCACUUAUUCGACCCAAGGUCAUUCUUUGACCGUCUGUCCAUCAUCUAUGACCGUGACGACUUCAUUGCGUGGGAAAACGACGCGGCGACUGUUGAGAUACUGAUGGUUUUUGCGGUUGGGAAGCUUUUACGAGGCCAGAUGGACGACAAUGAAACUUUCCCAGGGUUUAGCUGCUUUACUGAAGCCAUGAAAUAUACUGCAAGCUUGUGCUAUAUGCGUUCGGCCGGGAUACUUGGAAUAGAGGUCAUGGGCUUGAUAGCUUUCUACCUACAGUGUGCCGACCGAAAAGAGGACGCCUAUAUCUAUGCGGGCAUGGGUCUACGCAUCGCGAUCUCGAUGGGUCUCCAUAGAGAGAAUAGUGCGUCGCUAAGCCGAUCGGAGAGAGUCCACUGCAAUCGCCUUUGGUGGACAAUAUACAUGCAAGAGAGAAGGCUUGCGGCGGCAACUGGAAACCCUCCAGGUAUUCAAGAUGAAGCAAUUCGAGUCGGUUACCCAGAUGACGUCCCAGGGUUUACACAUCCAGCUGCACUAAACGUUAAUAUUAGCAUUGCGAAGGCCACUGGACAAAUAUUACAAGUGAUUUACGGUCACAAAGUGCAGACAGAGAGGAGCUUUAUCAAAGGCGUCCAGGGAAUCCUAGUCUCCCUGCAUCAAAUAUCUAGCAGCAUCCCCAAUGAACUUGAGCUAGAUUUCUCCGAAAAGCCUCUCAGCGUCACACGCGCAAAAGCUACCCUCUAUUUGAUGCUUUACCAGGCUAUUAUGCUCGCUACGCGUCCAACGCUCCUCUACUUAGCCGGCAAGGUCGCAAAGGGUCAAGGUGAACAGGAGCUUUUGCUUCAACCUUUACAUCAAUUUGCGACAACCUGCAUUGAUUCGGCGCAGCGGAGUCUAGCAAUUCUGUGCGCAUUGAGAAGCCAACAGCUUCUAGCGAACUUUGGAUUCUUCGACUUGGAUGCCAUAUUUUCCGUCGCCUUUGUCUUUGUCCUAGCAGGGACAAUAUACCCGGGCAAGGGAUCGUAUAGCCGCGAUAUUCAUCUCACGCUCGACCUGCUCAACCACCUAAGUCUCAAUGGCAACAAAGCAGCACGCAAUCGACGAGCUGAUAUUGUGCAAAUGUGCGAUCAUCUUGGAAUAACGAGAGAAGGGCUUGUCGUGGCAUCACAUCAGGGACAACUUUCAUACAAUCUACAUCAAGCCGCAGAGCUGGAACAACCCACCGUCCCUGCAAGAGAAGCAGACCCCUUACUAGACAAUACAACACCCAUCGAUUUUUCGGAACCGGCGCUGCAAUGGGUAAACGGUAUUGACGAAUUAUUGCUGCAGCAGGACCCACAUGACUUCUACUCGCUUUAUUGUAAUGACGCCUUUCCACUCGCGGGCACCGUGGAGACGGAUUGGGAGGCCCUAGAGGCGCAAAUAUUUCACUAA